ACUUUUAUUUUGUUUUGACGCCCUUAUGCACCAAGGUGCAAAGUUCUUGCAAUCAUCGAAUUCGAUUUUUCAAAAAUAACGUUAUCAACGUUGUCACCUCAAAAGAUUUUCGACGAAAUCAUCUAAAUUGAGAUAAAAUUUGUUCUUAAUCUAAAAAUCCAAAUUUUUUUUUGAUUCCCUAAAAAUGGAUUAAUUUUUUUUGGGUUAAGUAAUUUGUUUAGAAAUCUUAAUUUGAUUUAUAAUUGUAAAUGCACUUUUAUGAAUGACAGUGGCACGCAUAAGGGCCAAACGUUCACGUCUGCGUUGUUAUCACGAGCGCAUACAGCGCAGCUACUAGAAAAGGACGAUGAGAAUGUAGUGCAGCGCUGCACUGGCACACGCCAGUGAUUGUUAGGAAAGGUCCGGGAAACCCAGUGCUCCACACCGCGCAUUUUCGCCGGAAAAACAAACGGAUUUUCACCCGUUUAGAACUUAAACUCGGUUUUAGUUUAUCAACAAAAGAGACUUAAAUCCCGCCAACAUCAACCAACAUCUCAGCAACAUCUUCAACGAUAGUAGGAUGAUCUUGGAUUAAAAGGGCGGACAAAGCAAGGACAAGAUGAGAGACGAAGCCAUUGAGGAGGCCUCCGUCGUCACCUCGGCCAGUGACAUCGACCUGGCCAGCAUCAGGGAGGAGGAGUUCGAGCUCCACACCACAUACAUAGUUCCUGACCUGCCCGUGGAGCCCGGUACCCCGAAUAGGGCCGAGGCGACUUUACCACGGAACCUGGUGCUAAAACCGUCUCAGGCACUAUCGGAUGCUCAAGGAGUAUGGAGUACAAGCUUCAUACCAAUGGGCACAAGAUUUGGCCCAUUGGUCGGUGAAAUCUAUGCCAAAGAUUCUGUGCCAGCAACGGCUAAUAGAAAAUAUUUUUGGAGGGUACAGCUAAGGGACGGAUUAGUUAGAAAUGCUUCUGGCGAUAAGAUUUACAAAGAUAACGAGCUCUACUACUACAUAGAUGGUUACGACACCACUAAAGCCAAUUGGAUGCGAUUCGUCAACCCCGCAUAUUCAAGCGAAGCUCAAAAUCUCAUAGCAUGUCAAUACAAAAUGAAUAUUUAUUUCUACACCAUCAAACCGAUCCUUCCAAACCAAGAACUUUUAGUUUGGUAUUGUAGGGAGUUCGCAGAGAGACUUAAUUACCCAUUAACAGGAGAACAAAUGCUUCAAAGAAUACGCCAACAAGUACAACAAUCCAACACCGAAGCCAUCACCGUUAGCACCACCGAUUCAGGAAAAGAACCCUACGAACAUCAAUUAACACCAACGGACGGAAGUGUUCGUUCCGACGAAGGUUAUCACAGUAACGGUUAUCAUGACGACGCUUUUACCCCACCGGAAGACUCGAGCGAUUCGGAUAGCGAAAAUAACUACGUCUUGGAUUUUAGUCAAAAACCGAAAGAAACCGCGGUAAUCAAACAAUCCCCGCAAUCACCGGAAGUCCAAAAGAACGAAUACCGUAAAGUAAAAAUCAAAAUAUCAAAAGCGUAUUUAUACACGUCCAAGAAUUCUGAAAGCGAUCAUGAGUUAGAAAAAGACACCGUCAUCCAACAACCGGAAGUGGUAUUACCCGAAUUGGGAAACGUGGUUGUGCAAAAUCCCAAUGCGACGACUGUAAUCGUAAGCGAUUCUCCACCUCUUGAAGUUCCUAAUGGUAAUAAACCUUAUUACGAAAGUGAGGUGAAAAAUCAAAUGAUUUCAAGGUACACACCUCCUUCCUCGAGCAUUUUGGAAAACAUUUUAUUAAGGAAUAGAAACGACUCAAACAAUAACGAUAAUAGUCAAAGACAACCGAACGCGACACCACCUCCAAGUUCCCCGACGGAAAUGGCUUAUUCUUACAAGAAAAGUCAUCGAUAUGGUGCGGUUCCAUGUAGUCCUGAUUCCAGUUCGAAUCUUCCCAUUCAAAAUAGUUUUUCGCCAAACCCAAUGAAGCCUUUAAGUCCAAUUCCGAGGUACAUAGAAAAUUACGGUCACAUCCAACCAACAGGUUAUUACAACUUAUUUCCCUCACCAACCGGAAUCGUACAUAGCACGAUAACCUCAGCCCCAACAACCACUUAUUCACCACCGAUCACCUCCAAUUACAACCAUCAAACAAAUCUGAUGAUCAACACAUCUCACAUCGGCGGAAAUCACUUAUUAACGCCCUUAACACCUUUACAACACGUCAGACAACCUUCGAAUGGUUGCAAAAGUCCCGAUAAUAAUUGUACGUUAAGUCCAACGAGUCCGAAUUCUAGUAAUGGUUCGAGAGGUUAUCGAAGCCUUCCAUAUCCGUUAAAGAAAAAAGACGGUAAAAUGCAUUACGAGUGUAACGUUUGUUGUAAAACUUUCGGUCAACUUUCCAACUUAAAAGUACAUUUAAGAACGCAUAGCGGCGAGAGACCAUUUAAAUGUAACGUUUGUACGAAAUCGUUUACCCAAUUGGCGCAUCUCCAAAAACACCAUUUGGUGCAUACGGGCGAGCGACCGCACGAAUGUACCAUUUGCAAGAAGAGGUUCUCGUCGACGUCCAACUUGAAGACGCAUCUUCGAUUGCAUAGCGGACAAAAACCGUACGCGUGCGAUUUUUGUCCGGCGAAAUUCACGCAAUUUGUGCAUCUAAAAUUGCAUAAAAGGCUGCAUACGAACGAAAGGCCGUAUAUUUGUCAGGAAUGUGGGAAGAACUAUAUCAGCGCUUCCGGUUUAAGAACGCAUUGGAAAACGACGAGUUGUCGACCAAAUAGUAUCGAGGAUGAACUUAAUGAAUCUUCACCUAAUGGUUACUAUGAGUAUGCUGUUAGUGAUGGACCAGUUGGUAAGAUAUUUAGUAGAAAUAUAUAGUUAUUUUAAAAAUUUGAUUCUUAACAUAUAAGAUAGGUUAUAUUAGUUUAAAGGCGACGUUUCA